CCCACAAAUCAAAUCAAAAAAAAAUAAAUUCAAUUAUGUUGAAAUUCGUGUGCCUGUUCGCGCUGCUCGCCUCAACGGCAGCAGCAGCCUCUGAGGCUGACAGCCUGCUGACGAGUGCCCUUCGCAUGGUCAAGGACUGCGGCGAGCGCUCCAUGGUGCUGUGCAUGAAGGAACGCGCCUUGCACUACUUUGACUCGGAGAACGGAGAUGUGAAGCUGACGGAGGGCAUUUCCCUGGUCAAGACCGACGAUAUACCCGUGGGACGUUCCCUGAACGAUGUGGCCCUGCCCGAGGAGGCGGAGGCACGCGAGAGUGAGGUCGACUCGCUGCUGGUGGAGCGUGUCGCACGCUUCUUCGGCACACACACGCUGCAGUUCAAGGUGCCCAAGGACUCCAUCCAGGAUAUGCAGCGCGCUCUCGAAGAAUCACGCGGCAAGAAGAAGGAGAAGAAGAAGUACCUGAUGCCGCUGCUGAUGCUCUUCAAGCUGAAGAUGGCCGCGCUGCUGCCCUUGGCCAUUGGCUUCCUGGCGCUCAUCUCGUUCAAGGCUCUGGUCAUUGGCAAGAUUGCGCUGCUGCUCUCUGGCAUCAUCGGUCUGAAGAAGCUGCUCGAGUCGAAGAAGGAGAACUACGAGGUGGUUGCGCAUCCGCACUACGAGCACGAGCACAGCUACGGCAGGUCGCUGCACAACAAUGCCGAGGCACAGAACCUGGCCUAUGCGGCGUAUCAGCAAUAGAUGCCGAGGUCUCUGCUGCCAAAGCCAGCAAUAAUUAGUGCAAUACACACACACAAAAGAAGAUGAUGAAGAUGAUGAAGAGGAAAACUCAUGAAAGUGAAGGAAAUGCAAAGGAAAUGAGCACAGAGCUCUAGCAGCUCGUUUAAUUUAUUUUAUUUAUUUAAUUUAUUUCUAGCUUAACGCAAGCGAAAGGCGCCAUCAACAGCAACAAA